CGGGUGGGAAAAAAAAUAAGCACCAACUGUAAAUAUACUUCACGUGCUAGUGCAUGUGAAAAUGUCUACCGGUGUUGCUAUGAAAAGGCCCCAAACUGUGUCCUCUCAGCCCGAGGAGAGGCUGGACUGGAAGAAAAGGAAAGCAGAAAUAAAAGAGACUAAGAAGCAAAGAAAAGAGGCCAAGCUGAUCAAACAGCUGGAAAAGCAGAAACAGCAAGAGGCCGAAGAGAGAGCAAAACUUGAACAAAGCCAGAACAAAAAAGGUCGGGCUUACACGGUGAGUGUGGCCCUGCCUGGUUCUGUCCUGGAUAACGCUCAGUCCACUGAACUUCGUACAUACUUGGCCGGACAGAUCGCAAGGGCCUGUGUAGUGUUCUGUGUAGAUGAGAUCAUUGUGUUUGAUGAACAAGGGGAAGAUGUCAAGAGCGUUGAAGGAGAAUUUAAAGGUGUUGGGAAGAAAGGACAUGCUUGUAUUCAGCUUGCCAGAAUACUUCAGUACCUUGAAUGUCCACAGUAUCUGCGCAAGUGGUUUUUCCCAAAGCAUCAAGACUUGCAGUAUGCAGGAUUGCUAAACCCUCUGGACAGUCCUCACCACAUGAGGAUAGAUGAGGAAUCAGAAUACCGUGAAGGAAUAGUCCUCGACAGGCCAAUCAAACAAGGAAAAGGUUCAUUAGUCAACUGUGGAAUGAGAAAGGAUGUUCGGAUUGAUAAACAGCUGCAGUCUGGACUGCGAGUCACAGUGCAGCUCAAUAAGACACAGAACCAAGAGAGCAGGAUGUAUAAAGGGAUGGUGGUGGCUCCUCAUGUACCCAGGACUGAAGGAGGUCUCUACUGGGGUUACAGUGUCCGCUUGGCAUCAUGUCUCAGUGCAGUUUUCACAGAAAGUCCAUAUAAAGAAGGGUACGAUCUGACAAUUGGCACAUCAGAGAGAGGCAACCACAUUGACCAAACAACACUGUCGCCAUUCAAGCAUCUUUUGGUGGUUUUUGGAGGUCUUCAGGGAUUAGAGGCCAGUGUAGACACUGACCAAAACCUGGAUGUGACUGAUCCCAGCGUUUUAUUCGACCUUUACCUCAACACGUGCCCCGGUCAGGGCAGCAGGACCAUUCGCACAGAGGAAGCCAUCUUAAUUUCCAUGUCAGGGCUACGACAGAAGAUCACAGCUGCCUUUUCAGAUGUUUCCAAUGGUUCAUGAAAAAGUAAAUGACAGAGUAAAGUAAACAAAGACAUGCUGGUCUUACCAUCUAACUGGUGGGUGAACGGCAGAGCUGUAAUUUGAUCUUUUUAACAUUGCCCGCUGUAAAAAUUACCACAAAUAUCACAUCACACACAUCAGUGCAUUGAGUGCAGUCAAUGCUAGAUACCUGUCAGACCUAAUAUUAUAUUUUAUAUCUUCAUUCUGUAUGUCUAUGACUCAAGAAAUUGUACAUAUAUAAAUACAUAUACUAUCCACAGGCUUGAA